AUGGACGUUUCGCCGGCGAUGAUAGAAGUCGGUGACCAAGGUUUUCCGGCAGAAGACGCAGACAAAGACGACGACGAAGACGUGUGCCGGAUUUGCCGAUCACCGGAGGAACCAGGAAACCCGUUAAGGCAUCCGUGUGCGUGUCGAGGAUCCAUCAAGUAUGUACACCAGGAUUGUCUUCGUCUUUGGCUGAAUCGUCGCGGGUACACGAAAUGCGAGGUAUGUGGGCGUAGCUACUCGAUUGUUCCGGUUUACUCCGAGAAUGCUCCGGAGAGGCUUCCGUGUAACGAGUUUCUAAUCGAAGUGUUACUGAGAGCAGCACGUUACAUGAAGCUCAUGUUUCCUUGGAUUGUGGUGAUUCUCUUCAACUCAUACUGCAAUUCCUUACAUCCUUGGGGCCAAGAAAUUGUCGCUGAGUUCCAGAGAGGUUUUUGGAUUUCUGGCAAGUUUGCUUCUCUGUGGGGUGGCCUGAUUUACAGCAUUUUGAUCGUGUGUUUCAUGGCCUUCAUCACUAGUAUAAGGAUGAAAUUCGGAGAUCUCAACAUCAGAAGAAUUGUUGACGGGUUUCGCGCUGAUAAUUUUACUAGGAAUGGUCUUCAACAAGGAGUUAUUGGUGGAGUUUUGCAGGUCUUAUGGAAAUAUUUCAAGAUCCUUUGUGAUUGGUAUAUUCAUAAACUCAUACAUUUCUUGCAGCCACCUAAUCGACGAGUGCUUGUUCCUCCAAACGCGCCACUUGAUGAAUUUGGGGUCAUCAGGAACCUGCUUUUCUUUCUUCAUGACGAUGCCUUUGCUGCCCUUGCCGUCAGUGUAUGUGGGUUUAUCCUCUUUGUUCUUCUCCCAAAUUGGAUUGGACAUAUUGUAUUAGCAACUGUUGGAGGAUCCGGAAACUCCACUUUUAUUUGUGGAUACAUGAUGAUGCUGUUAAUACCCUUUGCUUACUUGGGAGUCCUCUUCACUCUCCGUCAUAGCUCAUUUCCAGCCAUAGUCCGGUGGUUUUCGCUGGGAUUUUUCUUCGUAACAGUGGAAUUGCCAGUUUUCUUGUGGGUUUCAUCAGUAGAAGCCUGCAAAAACCUUCAUGUCAUUAAAGAAGCUUUCGUCUUGACUUUAAAAUUUGUUGUGCGUCCUUGGAUAAUUGGCUUUUGGCUCGGAAUCUGCACCUCUGAUUUGAGAUUCAGAUUUGAGAUUCUUGGAACCAUAAUUUCCCAGAUAUUUGAGAAUCGUUUAGUCUUCCUGUACCUGAUUGCCCUAAAAUGGUUGGCAGGAUUCUGUUGCUUGAUUGUUGCUGACUCUUUCAGGGAACUUAUCCAGGAGAUCAUUCAUAAACGAGCCUUUUGGUAUCUUCUAGAUAUCACAGAUCCAGACUACAAGGUCACCAGAUUGAAUCUUGGUUACACUUUCUUUGCGUUUGCUACUCAUGGGGUUUUGUUGGUGAUUCUGGUUCACUUACCAGUUAAAGCAAUUACACUUAUCAGCCCUUCAUUUUUCUCUCUUAAUUUAUGGGCCUACCCAUUUUAUUUCCAUCUAUUUAGAGUCGGCCCCGAUUGGUUAAUAAAGCUGAUCUCACCAGCAAGUGAGGUCCUAGUUCACAAAUGGAUUAUCACUGUUAGUUCUUGGCUUCAGUUGAGUGAUUUCUUGCUGGUAGUGCCCCAAGGAGACCGUGCUGAUCAGAAUAUGAGACCAAUUAUGCGACCAAGAAGGCCGGAUGAUGAUAAUUCAUGGUUUCUACUGUACUCCUUAGGUGAAGGCUCUAUUGUCAUUUUGCAUGGAUCUCAGAGUGCUGAAGACGAUGUUAAGUGUAAAGACCAAAGAGAUAACGGGUUGUUUCUGCUGAGGAUUGCAUUGAUGUUGGUGCUAGCUGCUCUGAGUAUGUUCCUCUUUGGUACAGCCUUCAUGGCUUUGCCAAUUUUGGCGGGGAGAGUAUUCUUUGACUCUAUCUCUUUCAUCACGACAAGACUUGGAGUCGGACGUGACGAUCUUUGUGGUUUUUGGAUUGGAUGUUAUAUCCUGCAAGCAAUCUAUUUCAGCACUUGCUUUGUAUUUGAUCAUAUUCAAAAGGGAAGAACCGGUCUGCUUCUCAAAUAUGUCUUCAUACGGAUACGAAAUGGAUUGUUUUUCUCCAUCUGGAUCUCUGUCGUACCGGGAUUGCUUGGUGUACUCAUCGACCUUAUGAUCAUCAUCCCAUCACGAGUGCCGAUAGACGAAUCACCGGUCUACCUUUUGAUCCAAGAUUGGUUUAUCGGACUAGUCGUGCUUCUUACCUGGACCUUUCUGACAAUGCUCACGCCUAUCAACUGGUUCGCGACUGAGGCAUGGCGAAGGAAGCUGGAGAGAAUCAGAAACGUGGGAAUCGAUAGACUUCCUUCAAUGUGGCUGCUUCGAGAUGUGAUUGGUUCCCUCAUAACCACACUUCUAAUCACACUCUCCAUCCCUUACCUGUUCGUGAAGUCUCUGUUCCCGUUGCUUGGAUUUUCCCAAAACAUCAAUUCAGCUGCAGAGCGGUUUAUUUGGCCGGCGUUAUUAGCAUUGAUCACGGUUUGGUUCAUGGCCAAGCUAACACGUGAUCUCAUUAUCUACCUUCACCAGUUGGUCUUCAAUGAACGGUACUUGAUUCCUCCCGAUGUUCCUUCCAUCGAUGUAGACGCAUCCGAUGUGUUGGCUCAUGGGACAGAUACGGAGGAGUUUAGCUGUGAGUUCUUCAUUCCUCCGAGAGGGAGGAGCCAACAGUCGGACAAAAAGGUUCAAUGCUAUGAACCUGCCACCAUGAAAUAUCUCGGAUAUUUCCCUGCUCUGUCUCCCUCUGAGGGAGUGCAGAAGAAACCAGAGAGAGAGAGAGAGAGAGAGAAAAGGAGGUUUGCUUUUCCGAGAAUGGACGUUUCGCCGGCGAUGAUAGAAGUCGGUGACCAAAGUCUUCCGGCAGAAGACGUGGACAAAGACGACGACGAAGACGUGUGCCGGAUUUGCCGAUCACCGGAGGAACCAGGAAACCCGUUAAGGCAUCCGUGUGCGUGUCGAGGAUCCAUCAAGUAUGUACACCAGGAUUGUCUUCGUCUUUGGCUGAAUCGUCGCGGGUACAAGAAAUGCGAGGUAUGUGGGCGUAGCUACUCGUUUGUUCCAGUUUACUCGGAGAAUGCUCCGGAGAGGCUUCCAUGGAACGAGUUUCUAAUCGAAGUGUUACUGAGAGCAGCACGUUACAUGAAGCUGAUGUUUCCUUGGAUUGUGGUGAUUCUCUUCAACUCAUACUGCAUUUCCUUACAUCCUUGGGGCCAAGAAGUUGCCGCUGAGUAUCAGAGAGGUUCUUGGAUUACUCGGACGUUUGCUUCUCUGUGGGCUGGCCUGAUUUACAGCAGUAUGAUCGUGUUUAUCAUGGCCGUCAUCACUGUUAUAAGGAUGGAAUUCGGAGAUCUCAAUAUUCGGAGGAAUGUUAUUGGGAAUGGUCUAGAACAAGGAGUUAUUGGUGGUGUCUUAUGGAAGUACAUGAAGAUCCUCUGUGAUUGGUAUUUUCACAAAUUCAUUCGUUUCUUGGGGCCACCUAAUCCACCAGUACUUGUCCCUCCAAACGCGCCACUUGAUGAAUUUGGGGUUAUCAGGAGGCUUCUUUUCUUUCUUGAUGACGAUGUCUUUGCUGCCCUUGCCGUCAGUGUAUUUGCGGUUAUCUUCUUGGCUCUUCUCCCAUUUUGUAUCGGAUGGAUUGUAUUAGCGAGUGUUGGGGGCAGCUACUUAUCCGGAAACUCCAUUGUUACUUGCGGAUACAUGAUGAUGCUGUCAAUACCCAUUGCUUACUUUGGAAUCCUCUUCACUCUCCGCCAUAACUUAUUUCCAGCCAUAGUCCGGUGGUUUUCGCUGGGAUUUCACUUCUUCACAGUGGAAUUGUCAGUUUUCUUGUGGGUUUCGUCAGUCAAAGCCUGCAAAAACCUUCAUGUCGUUAAAGAUGCUUUCGUCUUGACUUUCAAGAUUGGUGUUGUCCCUUGGAUAAUUGGCUGUUGGCUCGAAAUCUACACCUCCCCUAUGUUUAGAACCACAACUCUUCAGAGAUUUGAGAUUCUCUCACACUACCAAAGCCUGAAUCCCCUAUCUUUGCUGGCAGGAUUCUGUUUCUUGAGCCUUGUUGACUCUUACAGAGAACUUAUCCAGGAGAUCAUUCAUAAACGAGCCUUUUGGUAUCUUCUAGAUGUUAGAGAUCCAGACUACAAUGUCACCAAACUGAAUCUUGGUCACACUUUGUUUGCGUUUGCUACUCAUGGGGUCUUGUUGGUGAUUCUUGUCCACUUACCAAUUAAAGCAAUUACACUUAUCAGCCCAUCCUUUUUCCCUCUUCAGUUAUGGGUCACCGACGAAAAGAAGUUUUGGGGUGCAUACGCCAUUUACUUCAAGCUAAUGACAUCCGGCAAAUGGUUAAUCAAACUUACCAUACCAGCAAUGAAGCUCAUGACUCACAAGUGGAUUAUCACUGUUAGUUCUUGGCUUCAGUUGAAUGAUUACUUGCUGGUAGUGCCCCGAGGAGACCGUGCUGAUCAGAAUAUGAGACCAAUUGUGCAACGAAGAAGGCCGUAUGGUGAUAAUAAAUGGUUUAGAUUGUACUCCUUAGCUGAAGGCUCUAUGAUAAUUUCGCAUGGAUAUGAGAGUGCUGAAGACGAUAUUGAGUCUGAAGACCAAAGAGAUUACAGUUUUUUUCUGCUGAGGAUUGCAUUGAUGUUGGUGCUUGCUGUUUUUAGUAUGUUUCUCUUUGCUACAACCUUCAUGGCGUUGCCAAUCUUUGCGGGGAGAAUAUUCGUUUACUGUACCCCUUUCAUCAUGACACUAUAUGGAGUCAAACCUGACGAUCUUUGUGCUUUUUGGAUGGGAUGUUAUAUCCUGAAAGCAAUCUAUUUCAGCACCUGCUUUGCAUUUGAUCAAAUUCAGAAGGGAAGAACCGGUUUGCUUCUCAAAGAUGUCUUCAUGCGGAUACGAAAGGGAUUGUUUUUCUCCAUCUGGAUCUCUGUCAUACCGGGACUGCUCGGUCUACUCAUCGACCUUAUGAUCAUCAUCCCAUUACGAGUGCCGCUAGAUAAAUCACCCGUCUAUUUCUUGGCCCAAGAUUGGUGGAUCGGAUUUUAUGUGCUUCACAUAUGGACCUUUCUGACAAUGCUCACGCCUAUUAACUUGUUCGCGACGGAGGCAUGGCGAAGGAAGCUGGAGAGAAUCAGAAACGUGGGAAUCGAUAGACUUCCUUCAAUGUGGCUGCUUCGAGAUGUGAUUGGUUCCCUCAUAACCACACUUGCAACCACACUCUCCAUCCCUUACCUGUUCGUGAAGUAUCUGUUCCCGUUGCUUGGAUUUUCCCAAAGCAUCAACUCAGCUGCAGAACGGUUUAUCUGGCCGGUGUUAUUAGCUUUGAUCACGGUGUGGUUUGUGGCCAAGCUAAUACGUGAUCUCAUUAUCUACCUUCACCGGUUGGUCUUCAAUGAACGUUACUUGGUGGGUGAAAGAGUCGACAAUUUGACUGAAGAAUAG